GUUCUGGAAACUGGGCUUCUUGUCGGCCUGUUUUCUCCUCGAUCCCUAUCCUGAUCCCCGCCGCCUUUUACGGCUCUCCAACCCGUUCAGCGAGCCCUGGGACGGAAUCAUUCAACAGCGACGCACCCCAGGAUGACGACGGCGCGUGGUGCCAAGCCUCCCGACCGCGACCGUCCCAGCCGGCCUUCCCCAUACCCACCAGUUUCGACCACCGCCUCAUCCCGCGGUUUCGUCCCGUCCUUCUCCCCAGACCACCACCACCACCAGACCCUGUGGCCAACUUCCUCCGAAUCUAACCACCUCCCGCCGAACGAUGAUCCGGGUCUUACUCUUGGGGUACCUGCACCCAUCAUGAUCCCCCCGGAGUCCGACGAGUCCCCCUUGGCCUCCGGCCUGACCUUGGGGCACGACGAUAUUAUCCUCCCCGAAGACCUCGACACCCAGAGCCGGGCCAGCUCGCGUGAUCCAGGCAGCGUCCAAACCGCCGGCGAUUCGGCUACCAUUCACGAUGCUGGAGUCGAUCUCCAGCGGGAGGACCCAAACCGCGACCCCGCACAAAAUGAGCAGCAGGGAGGCGAAAAACCGGCGUGGAGCGAAAUGAAGACAAAGGCUGGCAAGGAGCGCAAGCGCCUACCUCUGGCCUGCAUUGCUUGUCGGCGGAAGAAGAUUCGAUGCUCGGGUGAAAAGCCCGCGUGCAAGCAUUGCUCGCGCUCCCGAAUUCCAUGCGUUUACAAGGUCACCACCAGAAAGGCAGCUCCGCGGACGGAUUACAUGGCGAUGCUGGAUAAGCGUCUGAAGAGAAUGGAGGAUCGUGUCAUCAAGACAAUUCCCAAGGAAGAGGCCAGGGAUAUGGCCGCCAUCGGUCGGUCGGUUGUCCGACCGCCACAACCGGCGCAGACCACCAAGGCCCAGAAGAAGCGAACGGCGGAUGAAGCGUUUGCAGCUGAAAUGGAUGAGUGGACUCACGAGAGCCGCAAUGGUCCGCAGGAUACUUUUCCUAUGCGCCGUGAAAGUAAGCCCGGCGAUGCGUCGGGUCUGAUGACUCCCGGCGCUGAGUUCUUACCGUCACUGGAGAUACAGGAACAUCUGGCAGAGGUCUUCUUUGACUGUGUCUACGGACAGUCCUACCUCCUCCUCCACAAACCCAGUUUUAUGCGAAGACUCAAGGCAAGGACCGUUCCGCCGGUCCUUAUCCUGGCUGUUUGCGCCGUCUCCGCCCGAUUCUCGACCCAUCCGCAAAUCAAUUCCGAGCCUCCUUUCUUGCGUGGCGAAAACUGGGCCAACCCCGCCGCUGCUAUUGCGCUGAGUCGCCACGACGAACCCAAUAUCACUAUCUUGACCGUAUUCCUGCUUCUGGGACUUCACGAGUUUGGCACGUGUCAUGGCGGGCGCAGUUGGUCAUUCGGCGGCCAGGCACUGCGCAUGGCCUAUGCCCUGCAGCUACACCGAGAGCUCGACCAUGACCCGCUCAUAAUACAGAAUAAUGGCAAUGGAUCCCAGCUCAGUUUCACAGAUCGGGAGAUACGAAGGCGGACCAUGUGGGCUUGCUUCUUGAUGGAUCGAUACAAUUCAUCCGGGAGCCAGCGACCGCCGAUUGGGAACGAGAAGUUCCUGCAAAUCCAACUUCCCAUCAAGGAAUCUCACUUCCAAAUGGAAAUUCCCGGGCCGACGGAAGACUUGGAUGGCAAUAUCCUCAACCCAGUCCCAGAGGAUGUUGGGCAAUUAUCGAAUGCGAAAGAGAACAUGGGCGUGUCAGCCUACAUCAUCCGGGCCGUGGUCAUCUGGGGUCGCAUUGUCGAUUAUCUCAAUCUCGGGGGGAAGAGAAGAGACACGCAUCCGCUGUGGUCGCCGGAGUCGGGAUACAUGCGCCUCAAGCGACAGAUCGAAGAGUUUUCCGCGUCGCUCCCUGGCUACCUCUUGUUCACAUAUGAGAACCUUCAGAUCCACGCCGCCGAUAGAAUAGCCAACCAGUUCCUCUUCCUGCAUAUCAUUAUUCACCAGAAUAUGCUCUUUUUAAACCAAUUCGCCAUCCCGCUGUCCCCGGGAGGACGUCCGCCACGCGACAUGCCCAAGGUGUUCCUGAGCAAUGCCGGACGGGCCGCAGUGGAAGCGGCCCAUCACAUUUCGGUUCUGAUUGACCGUGCGUCCGCCUAUCCCCUCACUGUUCCUUUUGCCGGAUAUUGCGCCUAUUCCGCCAGUACCGUCCAUAUAUGGGGCAUUUUCUCCAAGAACGCCCAGUUGGAAGCACGGUCCAAAGAGAACCUGCGCCAUACGUACCGCUACCUCAACAAGAUGAAGAAGUAUUGGGGGAUGUUCCAUUACAUGGUUGAAAGUGCCAAGGAUCGAUAUCGGCAAUUUGCAGAUGCAGCCAUCAAGGGCACGGUGGUCACGCAAAAUGGCGGACACCUCGCACCCAUGUUUCAAUAUGGUGACUGGUUCGACAAGUAUCCCCAUGGCAUGUCGAGAUCGCACUGGGAGGAACCCGAUCCCCAGCAAAAGGCCAAGGGCGACGAGGGUGUGAUGAGCCAACGGCCUGAUCUCCAGAGCGUCGAGGAAUUCUUCGCCAGCCUUUCCCCCACGCCGCAGCCGAGUGCACCGCGUAGGCAUUCGAAGAAGAGCAGCAAGGCUGAUAGCGUUACGGGAUUCGAUGGACCAACGCCUCCACAUUCGAUGAACGAGAUUAAUAUGGACGGCGCGCCGGGCAUGCUGGGGACAACAGGGACAGGAUUUCCUCAGCCCGCCAUGUUCAACCAAAGUCGUGCUGGACAGCAGCCAUUCGCGCCGCCUGGGUUCGACUUUUCCAUGCCCGCAGCCGACCAGCUACCACAGCUGGACCGACAGUUCGUCUACGGCUCUUUUGGCGAACUUGACCCAUCUGCAUCCCUGGUUCCCCCUGAGAAUCCACCCGUGCCUGUAAAUCGUCCCGAUGUCCCUCCUAACCAAGACCCGUCCACCAUCUUCACCGGUCAGUUAGACCCCAACGCCCCGUCUGGAGCGGGCGAGUACUAUCAACCCAGCGCCUGGUUCCUUCCGUUCAAUCUUGACCCAUUUGGGGCGGGCGACCUUGACCCGAGCUCACAGCCUGGGACAAAUCCGGAGCUCUCGGGCUUCGGAGGUAUACCCAUGGGGGCAUUUGAUCUAGGGUUGACGGGAGUGAAUCGUGGUUCACAUGCAUAACCACUCCACCUCAAUGUACUGAGGGUAGGACAUGUUUCUUUGAUUAGUUUCUAGCGGGGUACUCGGGCUGGCGGGACGGACCGGUUUGAAGUUCGGAGUUAAGAACGCGACUGGGUCAUGAUGGAUUGAUGUGUAUUUAUAUCAUGGCUAAUAUACCCUGUGUGGGAAAAUAAAUAACUUUAACAUACGAG